CGGAAAUGGUUUCAAUAUAUAUAAACAUGUAAUAUUUCAUUUAUAUUAUAAGAUACGCCAUGAGAAUAAGGAAUUAAAUACGAUAUUGGUGGAUGCAAAAUAAUAAUAUAGAGCAUGACAUUAGAAGCACUACCCCAGGAGUUAAUAUUUCAAAUAUCUACUCAUUUGAAUCAAAGUGAUCUAUUGAACUUGUUAUACACAAAUUCAUACUUUUAUAAUUUACUUCAAGCCCGUCUACAUUUUGCUAUCAAUAUCGAUUCAAGAAAGAAAAUAUAUACUGAUUUCAAUACCGAUGAUUUUAAUUAUGUUAGUGUUCCAAAUUACUACACAGAGUACAGAAGUAUGAAAAUUAAACCUAUUACUAUAUCUUCAUUGUAUUCGAUGAACAUAUUUUUCAAAAAAUUAAUUCAGAAUCCUCAUUUAUGUUCAUUUAUACGCGUCAUGAUAUUUAAUUAUGAGAUUCCUGAUAUUUCUGACUUAGAAUUAUUUAAAGUAUUAACUAUCCUCAACGGGAAGUUGACCAACUUAAAAGUAUUUAAAUGGUUUAAUGGUCAUUAUAAGUUACCUGGAAAGUUUAUAUCAGAUUUAAAUUUAAUAGAAUUGGAAGGAUGUAUCCAGCUUGAUAUUCCUAAUGAUAAGUUAAAUUUUCAAUACUUGAAAAAGUUACAUUUAUCUAAUUUCAAUUCUGGUCCCAUUGAUUUCAGUGAUUUCCCAAAUUUAAGUGAAUUAACUAUUUCAAAAUUACACUCAUCAUCAUCUCCCAACUAUUUUUAUACUGGUUCUAAUCCGAGCUUCUGGGAGAGUAAAGAGUUUGUUUCUUCAAUCGCCCAAUACUUCAAGAGAACUACAAGUAUUAUACCAUGUCUAUCUACCUUGACAAUAAAAGAUAUGCAUGUUACUGGAGAUGAUGUGAAAGUAUUAAAAUCUUGCUUUGAUACAUCCAAAUUAACUUCCUUAUCAAUUUUAAAUUGUUUCGAAUCAAUGUAUGAUCAAGAUGAGUUUUACGAUAUCAGAAGAAGAAGGAUUAAGACGAAAUUCUUCUUAGAUGAGUUAAACUCAAUUGUGAACAAAGAUCUUAAAGAAUUAAAUAUAUACUUGGUUAAUGAACUAAAUUAUAAUAAUAAACUCGUUAAUUUUCUAAGAGAAUUCCCUAAUUUGCAAUCAUUAAAUUUAAAUGUCAAUCUCAAUGGAUUUGAGAAUCUCAAUAUUAAUUUAUUAAAUAUUUUGAAAUCAAUUAAUCCUGACCUUGAAUUUCUUAACCUUAACUACAAUAUAAUAGGAAAUUCCAAGAAUUCGAACUGCUUUAAUUAUGAUUCAAAGGUAACAAACUUGUUAAAGAAUUUCACCAAGUUAAAAUUCCUAAACAUACCAUUUCAUAUAGAUUUUAAAAUACCUAAAAAGCUUUUGUCGAAUUUACAAGUAUUAUCGUUAAGAAUUCAUGAAGAAUCUAUAUCAAAAGUUUCACAACCUAGUAAUUGUUUAAUUAAUUCAGAAUUUUUUUCCAAUACUAUAAUUGUUGAUAAACAUAGUCAAACCUAUAUUGAAGAACAAAUUUGUCGGGCCAAAUAUUGGAAACAAAUGAUGAGAUCACUUAAAUGGAUUCAAUUUGAGUUUGAUGAUGAAUGUAUGAUGUUUCAAUGUGAUGAUAAAAGUAAUGAUAAUGGUCAAGUUGUAUAUAGAGAAGGUUUGCAGAAUUAUUUUCAGCAAAUUAUUACAAAUCAAAUAAUUUAAUAUAUAUAGAAAUAAGUUAAAAAUAGAAUGUAGAUCAUUUGUAAUAGUCCUAAUUAGAUACCAAUUAAAUCAUGAAGAUUUAUCAAAUCAGGGUGGAGAUGAUCUGAGUCAAUUUUCCAAAUGCAAAAGUGUUCUCUUGAACCAUUUUAAACUGAAAAUAAACGAAUAUAAUCAGGGUAAAUGAGAAGGC